AGCCGUCUCUCUCUCUCUCUCUCUCUCUCCCCCCCCUUCUCUCUCUUGCUUCCGUAACGAAGAAGGAAGCGGUGAAACUAGGGUUUAGGGCUGUUUUUGGUCAAUUUAAUAGAAAGAUCUGACAAGAUUACUGCUUUGUUUGAGAAUGGCAACAAAUUGGACACCUCUACUCAGUGGUUUAUUAUUCUUAUGCUGGGCAUUGACUGGAGAAGCAGAAUAUAUGAAGUAUAAAGAUCCAAAUCAGCCACUGAAUGUCCGGGUCAGAGAUUUGAUGAAGCGGAUGACUCUUCCAGAAAAGAUUGGUCAGAUGACUCAGAUUGAGAGAAAGGUUGCAUCGGCUCAAGUUGUGAAAGACUACUUCAUAGGUAGCAUACUGAGCGGUGGGGGAAGUGUGCCUAAACCUCAGGCAUCGGCCGAGGAUUGGGUUAAUAUGGUAAAUGACUUUCAGCAGGGCUGCCUGUCAACACGUUUAGGGAUUCCAAUGAUCUAUGGUGUUGAUGCUGUCCAUGGCCAUAAUAAUGCAUAUAAUGCAACAAUUUUCCCACACAAUAUUGGUCUUGGAGCAACAAGGGAUCCUAAUCUUGUAAAAAGAAUUGGUGCUGCGACCGCUCUUGAAGUGAGAGCAACAGGCAUUACUUACGCUUUUGCUCCAUGUAUUGCGGUUUGUAGAGAUCCAAGGUGGGGUCGGUGCUAUGAGAGCUACAGUGAAGACCACAAGAUUGUCCGAGCAAUGACUGAGAUCAUCCCUGGUUUACAGGGAGGUCUCCCUGCAAAUUAUAGCAAGGGUUUCCCUUAUGUUGCUGGAAAGAACAAUGUAGCGGCUUGUUCCAAGCACUUUGUUGGUGAUGGUGGGACACAUAAUGGAAUAGAUGAAAAUAAUACCAUAAUCGAUCAGCGUGCACUUUUCAACAUCCAUAUGCCUGCUUACUAUGACUCCAUUGCCAAGGGUGUCUCUACUGUCAUGAUUUCUUACUCUAGCUGGAAUGGAGAGAAAAUGCAUGGCAACCGUGGUCUUGUCACAGGCUUCCUCAAGAAUAAGCUGGGUUUCAAGGGCUUUGUCAUAUCAGAUUGGCAGGGCAUUGAUAGGAUUACUACUCCACCUGGUGCAAAUUAUACUUACUCUGUCCUGACUGGCGUCAAUGCCGGUAUUGAUAUGAUAAUGGUUCCUAAUGACUAUGCUCAGUUUAUUGACACUUUGACCUCCCUUGUGAACAACAAGUGCAUCCCCAUGAGCAGAAUUGAUGAUGCUGUAAGAAGGAUUUUGCGGGUGAAAUUCACCAUGGGUCUCUUUGAGAACCCCUUGGCUGAUCUUAGCUUUGUUGGUCAGCUUGGGAAAAAGGAGCACAGAGAUUUGGCAAGGGAAGCUGUAAGGAAAUCACUUGUGCUGUUGAAAAAUGGGAAAUCUACUAGCAAGCCGUUGCUCCCCCUCUCUAAGAAGGCACCAAAGAUCCUUGUUGCUGGGAGUCAUGCUGAUAACUUGGGUUACCAGUGCGGUGGGUGGACAAUUGAGUGGCAAGGAGGUAGUGGCGAAAUUACAGUCGGAACCACCAUCCUUAGUGCCGUUAAAUCUACUGUGGACCCUGCGACCAAUGUCGUGUUCUCUGAGAACCCUGAUGCCAACUUUGUCAAGAGUAACAACUUCUCUUAUGCCAUUGUUGUUGUUGGGGAACAACCCUACACCGAAAUGUAUGGCGACAGCCUCAACCUCACCAUUCCUGAUCCUGGUCCAAGCACCAUCCAGACGGUCUGUGGUGCUGUCAAAUGCGCAGUUGUCGUAAUAUCUGGCAGGCCUGUUGUGAUUGAGCCCUAUGUUCCCAUGAUGGAUGCACUUGUGGCUGCUUGGCUUCCUGGUUCUGAAGGCCAGGGUGUUGCUGAUGUCCUUUUUGGGGAUUAUGGGUUUACCGGGAAACUUCCUCGCACCUGGUUCAAGUCUGUGGACCAGCUGCCCAUGAAUGUUGGUGACAAGAGUUAUGAUCCAUUGUUCCCAUUCGGAUUUGGCUUGACGACUAAGCCAGGAGCAGCGAGGUAGAGAUCAAAUUCCAGCAGACAUCUGUAAUCAAGUUCUUUCUUAUUUUUCAUAUUGUAGAUGUUAAAAAUGAUUAUCUGAUGGGCAUGACUUAAGAUAUUUAAUGUUAAAUUAAUGAGAUAGUUCCUCUUCAUUCA